UGGCCGGGAGGUGCAAGGAAAAAGCGGGGACCAUGCAUUCUCUAGGAGGAGGAACCGCAUCUGCCUGCCCCUCCCAGGGGCCCAGCGGCUUCUCUGAACUCAGGGAAGUGCUGCCUCCUCCAGGAGCUGCCAGAUUUCAUCUGGCUUCUGCUUGGUCGGUCACCACUUUCUCAGAUUCUCUUGAAUUCCUUUCAUGUGGCAGGAGCUCUCCUUGCUGUAACAUCACAGAAAGACCUGUGGGGGUGAUCCGGUUCGCCCAGGGGACACAGUGCCAGGAAUGGUUAGCACUCAGCUGGGUGGCCCACUCCUGGGCCUGGGCUUGGUUACGUCACAAGCCCUGCUGUGAACUCGCCCCCUGGGCCCGCUGUGCCCCGUGAUUGCCAUCCCUGUGAGAGCUGGGCUCCCAGUCCAGCGAGGAUUUUUCUAGGCCCUAGGUGCUCUCCUGCUUUCCCGGAAUGCCUGCCCCCUCCUGUAGCCCCUUUCCCAGGCUGCCCUGCACAGGGAGCCCCAGUGCCCCGGAUCUCAGCACAACCUGCUUUACACAUGGGCCGUUGGCAUCUUCCACUUUGCCGCUUAGCAAAUCCUGAGGCCCAGUCAAGCAAGCCCAUCUCCUCCAGGAAGGCACCCCACAGUACCACUCCUGCAUCGGGAAGCUGCUGUCUGCAGGGAUAGACCUGCCAGACCCCGGAGCCCCGGGGAUUCAGGUGCCUGAAGGGCAGCGCAGACAGCCGCUGAGGAUCUCAGGGGCUGGUGACUGCGGCUGGAAGCGCCCAUGACAGAGCUGGCGUCCUCGGGGGGCGGGUCCCCUGCGGGGGACGGGGAGGAGGGCCUGGGGGACGAGCGAGGCCUGGUCAUCCACCACCCCGCGGAGGAGCAGCCCCACCGCUGCCCGCUGUGCGGCCAGACCUUCUCGCAGCAGCCCAGCCUGGUGCGGCACCAGAAGGCGCACGCGGGGGGCGGCCGCGCGGCCGCCUUCGUGUGCCCCGAGUGCGGCAAGGCCUUCAGCGUCAAGCACAACCUCGAGGUGCACCAGCGCACGCACACCGGCGAGCGGCCCUUCCCCUGCCCCGAGUGCGGCCGCUGCUUCAGCCUCAAGCAGAACCUGCUCACGCACCAGCGCAUCCACAGCGGCGAGAAGCCGCACCAGUGCGCGCAGUGCGGCCGCUGCUUCCGCGAGCCGCGCUUCCUGCUCAACCACCAGCGCACGCACGCGCGCAUGCCCGCGCCGCACCCGCGCCGGCCCGGCGUGUUCGGGGAGCGGCGGCCCUACUUCUGCGCCCGCUGCGGCAAGAGCUUCGCGCGCGAGGGCUCGCUCAAGACGCACCAGCGCAGCCACGGCCACGCGCCCGACGGCCCCGCGGCCCAUUUAGGCCGCGUGCUCUGAUGCGCCCCGGGGCCGGCCGCCGCCCGUCUCCGGCCCCGGGGCCGCGUCCACGACUCCCGGAGAGGGCGCCGGGCCGCCGCCCCCGUUCUGGACGCGAUCCCUGGAGACGGGGAGGGCUGGCUCGGGGUCUUGAAGGAGGGGGCCGCUGCCCGGCUUGGGACGCCUCCUCCCGUGUCUUCUCCACCCUCUGGCUGGCCUCUGGCCCCCUGCGUUGGUUUUCCUCAUGCUCAGCCGGCCUAGAGUAGAUGUGGAGUGGGCAGGCCCUCUGAGUGGUGUGUCAAGCACAUCCGAGCCCAGAGACGAGGAAUGGGACCCUGUGGGGGCCUGCCCGCUGGCAUAAGGACACGUCCCCUAAGAAGACCUAUUUCUGGGAGGUGUCCUGCAGAGGGGAUCCGUGGAGCCUGGAAUUGGAGGCGGCUUCUGUGCCCCGGUGGAAAAACUCCCCCAACCUGGUGGGAGUCACAGCUGGAGAAGAGCUCGUCCUGGCGGCCCGGCCACGGUCCACUCUCCUGCGGCCACAGAGACAAUGCCUGUGUGGAGAGCCGGCUUCUCUGCACCUGCCUAAGAGAACUCGGCAAGUCGGUGGCAGACCUGGUUCUAGAGGCAAAGCCUUGCCCAGGUGUGGCCCAUACCUGCCGCAGGCGUCGCUCUCAGAGCGACCGUUCUUCGUCCGUGGGAGGCAUGAAGCCCUUGGAAAAUCUCACAAACGUUAUGAACCUUCUCCCCAGGAAAACACGCAUACUCAUGCAGACACAAAAAUCUACAAACAAGUUCAGAGCUCCCGGACACAACCCGCCACUCGUUCUUCACCAGACGUAGAACCUGGGUCACUACACAAGUAGCACUUUUCCCUCCCCCGGCUGAGCUUCCUGCCCUCAUCCAGGAAUAAAGGAUUCUGAGGCGGGGACCCUUCCACUCUCUUCUCCUGGGCCUGACCGUGCAUCAGGCUUCUAGAACCUUUCCUCCCUUCCGCGAACAUUGCUGGAGGCUCGCUGGGCUGGGUUUGCUCUUGUCUGGUUUGGGGCUGCUUGUGGUGGCUACCUGGCUGCUGGUUUUUGCCACGCAGCCUGGACUUCGAUUUCACCGUAGAGGUGGCGGGGAAAGCUGGAAUUUCUAUGGAUGUGGGGUGAGCGUGAACUUGGACUGAGGCUAUCUGGGGGAGGGAUCCUGCUUCCAGCAGCCAAGCCACGGCGGGCCGUCCCCUGCUAGAUCAGGAGUUCAGCUGCAGCCGGGCAUGGGGUGGAGACAGCUGGGCAGGGAGACCGAGCCUCACUCCUGGGGCCUGCCAGUGCUCUGGUGUGGACAGUGGGACAGGGGUGACCACUUUGGUUUUCACCCUGAGCUGGUUGGCCUGGAGCUCACUGGCCUCCUCAGAAUGAACCACUUGACCUGAAGAGAUGCGGGCGAUUAGGGCUGGAAUGGGUUUUUGAUGACAACCAACCGGUCAUGAUGCCGUGAUAUUUAGUGCAAUCCUUGGGGGUGGGGAGAGGCCUAUAGCCAUGGGAUUUAGUUCCAAGCCCAGCAAUGUGAGUUGUGUGGGUCACAGUGCAGUUGUUCUGCUGAGAGGUCCCAGGGCCAAGCUACGUUUGGUCAGGCUUGUCGGGAGGCCUCCCCGGCUCCUGGCCUGGGACCUUGCUGGUGGGGUCUCCCAUGCGGUCUGGCACAGAGGGUCUAUGGGCCAUCUGCCAUCCGCCUCGUCCUGAUAUCAGACUGCUCAGGGGAAGAGCAGAGGAAGAGGAGGCAAUCUGUGCUCUAGAAGCUUCCAUGUGCUCUGACCCUUGGCCCGCCUGGAGGGAGCCUCGCAGAUGCACUGUCUUCUCUGCUGGUCGUCCUCUCUCUCCCUUCCCUGUAACUUGUCGCCCACACCCACUGUUGCCUUCUCUGUCUUCCCUGGAAUUGCUCCAAAAUGUGGCCCUUCCCCCACCCUGCCGAUCCCUCUUCUCCGCCAGGCCCUCCAUCCUUGUCCUCCGAACAGUCCCUGUGUUGACACGCCAUCUCACCGUCGGGGACCCCGGGUUGUCCGUGCGCACGCAUGUGGAUGUGUGUGUGUGGGGUCUCCAGCUAGACUGGAGGGACGGGCCAUGUCUUCUCGAAGCCCAAUAGGGUCCAGCACAGGGCUGGGCUCCUAACACUCAGGAAAUACUUGUCAGCUGGCUGAUGGGUCCAGUGCUGGAGGCUGUGUGAUGCCUGGCGGUGAGGAGAGGACCCGUGAGCUCCGCAUGGGUGCAUCUUGCUGGGUCGUGAGCUGGCUCCCCCGGGGCAGUAAUGGCCGUAGGGGCCCUCAGGUCCUCCCCUAUCUGGGGCAGCAGGGCAGGAGGGACCCCCGACAUGGCUACGCAGGAGUGUGUGGCAGUGGUGUCAGGGCUGGAUAUUUCUGUUGGCCACUAAGAACGGCCAGGGCUGACCAAGUGGAAUAAAUGUUCCCUCGACAUCA